AGAAUUUAAACUACUCAACUUUACUUACCAAUAACUUUUCUUACUUUCCUUUUAGUUCCCGCUUUCAUUUGUUUUGUGUAUUUUUUCGAUAUUCUUUAGUUCUUUCUAUUAAUUAUUCCUGAAGAUCUUCUACAAUCGCAGUCUUUCCUCGUAGUUAUGGUAAAAGUUCGAAAAUUAGGCCUUCCACACCACGUCAAGGAAAGAAUAAGACACCAGAAACUUCAACAACAGCUAAGCCAGAUUGCAGACCAAGUGCCAAAACCAUUUGGAGUUAAUAAGGAAACUAAAGAUACUAAACUUCGCCGUAUUAUAUUGUAUUUGAAAUUUCUACAUUGGAAGAAGUUUGGAUUACUUAAGAAAGGUCAGAAAGGGUCUAAAGCCAUCGAUUCAGAAUGCAAAGUUAAAGUUACUCAGCAACCUUUAAAAUUUCCUCUUCUGACGAAAUUUUGCAGUAAAGCUCAAAUUAUUUACUUGAAGAACCCCAAAGCUACUGAAAAGAAUGAAAGACCCUCUUAUAGCAAAGAGCAGGAUUCGGAGAAUUUUAUUAAUUUUGAAAAUCAAUCUCUUGAUACUGCAGAUCCUUGCAUAGGUUCUGAAAGUGAUACUUCCUGUUUUGCUGACAGCAAUACUUCAGUUUCUGCAAAUCACUUUAAUUCAUUUGAAGGAAAUGAUGAUAAAGAUAAUGUAAAGUACGUGCCUAAUGGUGGUGUUGCUCAGUUUUUACCUCAUGAAGAAUUUUCUCAAGAUUUAAAUAAAGAAGUGGGCUAUUCCUAUUUAUAUGAAAAUAUUCUUAAUACACCACCUUCUGAUAAUAGUUCAGUAGAGAGAAAUAUGGUUCCUAACCCUGAAUUAAGAGACAUGCAUCUUAAUAGACCACUUAUGUCUGUUCAAAAUGCUUGCAAUUAUACUGAACCGCAUCAGUUUUCAAAUUCUGUGAUAAAACCUUGUGUUCCAUUUAAAGAACAUUAUGAAGUAAACAAUUAUUGUUUUCCAAAUAGCCCACAUUGUCAUUGUGGAGAAAAAAAUAUAAGGGCUCCAUUACCUCCUAUAUCGGCAUUUUUACCUCAGAGCUCCAGAAAUUUGAGACAUGAUUAUAGUGACUAUUGCCUAAAUCAACCAUCAUAUCAAAUGAAUCGAAGUUCAGUAAAUUCUGAAAAUUUGUUUAAUAAUUUCUAUGGUGGAGAACAAAGAAGUAUCUCUAUGAACUCAAAAUUGUCACCAACUAAUCAACCUUACUCUUCUGAAUUAGUUUCUUCUGAGGAAUCAAUUGUUACCUACUUUUCUAAUGAAUGGCUUUCUGAUGAUACUGUUACUGAUUCUGGUAGUUUGAAGGAAUCUCCUAUUAAGCAAAACUUUGAAGGCAAUGAACAUUCAAUGCACGAUGAAAAUAGUAGUGAUUCAAGUUUGAUUGAUUCUAAACAUCGUAAUGUUAAUUUGAAAUUGCCCAACAGUAGAGGCAACAUUGAAAAAACCAAUAAAGCAGCUACUCACAAAUCUUUCCAUACUUUUAAUGCAAAUAAAGCAUUUGAAAAGAAUCUCAUUGUUUAUCCUCAAAGUAUGCCACAGUUGCCUUUUGUUGUACGAAAAAAAAGGGAAAAACCGGAGAAUGAUGAUAGUUGUGUGCCUCAGUGUGGUUGUAAAAUAAGUCCUUUGAUUAAAAUCUGUGAACCUGAUAAUGAAACAAAUUAUCGAAGUGCAUCAAAUUGUGAUAUUUUUUCUAGUAAGCUAAUUAAGAAAGAGCCAGAUGAUUACUUAUUACCUGCAGAGGAGAAAAGUUUCUCCCUCAAUAAUUUUAGUCAGUGGUGUCCUACGGGUUAUUAUAAUACAUUGCAGAUGUGAUAAGUUUUCUUUUAUACAUCAUACUUUAUGAUUAUUUAUUUGUAAAAUGUGUUUAAAUGCAUUGUUGUGACUUUUUAUGAAUUUAUUUCUAUAUUUGUGGUGCUCAUAAUCUUAAAAAAGAAAUUUGCUGUGAAAUUUUAAUAAGAAAAUAUUUAAUGUUAUUUCAUUAAUGUUAUAGCAUUAUCUAACAAUUUAAUCUACAUUUAUGAAUAAUGUAACUUUUAAAAGAAAUUGUUUUUAGUAUUGUGUUAAUUUCAUUAUUGCAUUGAAAAUAACUUUUUAUUUCUCUUGUAAAUAAAAGAAUUAUCAAGUAGUUAAAAUUAAAAUAGAUAAGUAACUUAAGUAAUAUUUGAUUAUUAAGUAAUAAUAGAUAAGUAACAUUUUUGCCCAUACUUGUUAACAAAUUGCAAUGUUAAUUUUAAUUUUUUUACUAACAAGUGCCUACAUUGAUGUAUUAAAUUAAGAAUUGGAUAAAUAAGGCACAAAUGAAAUGCCUCAUGCUUUAAUAAUAUGCUAUAAUUUAUCUUUAAAAAGAAUAUAUUCUGAUGUUCCUACACAGUCCCAUACUGUGCUAAUAAAUGAAUUAGUAGUAUGGAAAUUUUAAGUCUCAGAUUUUUACACAAUGGGAUAUCUUUUUAGAUUGUUUUUACUCUAACUAUUUGUUAAUUUUUUUCAUUAAGCAUUUUAGAAUUGUUGGUGUCAAUGCUUUUCUAAAAACUAUUAAAACUUAUUAAUAUUUGAUGUAACUAAACUUUACAUCAUACUUUAAAACUUAUUAGUAAUUAAAAACUAAUAAAAAAGUUAAAGGCAUCUUUUAAACAAACAGUUAUUGCAUUCUUAUCCUUAUUACAAAGAUUGAAGACUUAAGUCUCAUUCCUUUUUAUAAUUUUAGAUUUUUUUUUUUUCUUUAAUUUAAUACAUUAAAUUCUUUUAACUUCAAUACUUUUUAAAAAGUAUUUUUAUUUGUUUAGAUUUUAAUUUUCAUUCUUGUUUUAAAUAACUAGUUAUACGCCUUAGGAUAUUUCAGUGUGUAAAUGAUUUUUAUGUUAAUUUUUUUAUGUUUUCCUUAAAAAAUGAAUAUCCUUGUAGAGUUUAUUUUUCUUAACAGGAUUCACAAAAAAAUUUAUGAUGGACCCUAUAAUGUCUUUCAAAAAAACAAAAAAAAAUAUUUGAUACCUGUACAGUUAUUUUAUUAAGGCAAAAGAAGGGUCUUAAUUGUAUAAUUAUAAGCAUUUCUUUUGUGUUUCUUUACAUUAGUUUUCCUUAUUUAUUUUAUUAGAUUUUAUGACGUUUUUGAAUCUGAUAAUGUGCAAUAUCUGUUUCAAAUACAUUUUUUAUCUGGGCAAUAUCAGUACUCAAAAGGUAUCGUUUUUUUAUUUGUAAUUAACUUAUUUAAUGAAUUUAUUUGUUGCAUAUAUUAUUCAUCCAUUAAUAGUCAUAUUCUGUGAUUUUUAUUUUCGUGUGACACUGUGAUUUUUAUUUUUUAAAUUUUUUUAUUUUUAUUUUACUUUUAAUUGUGAGCUAAUAAUUUCUUACUUACUAUUAGCUCUUUCUUAUUGCUACCAGAGAUUAACUUAAUAAGCUUAAGAACAAAGGAAAAUUUCCUGUUUUGUACUUGUGAUAUUUAUAUAAAUGUAUUUUUAAUAGAUUUUAAUAAAUUUUUCUGAAGUUAGAAAAA